UUUGAAUAGUAUUCAAUUACUUUAUCUGACAACUGCAAACGUGUGCCAUUUGACAUAAAUAUUGGAUAUUAGAGAGUGGAUUACGGAGAGACAUUCUUACAUUUCUGAAGUCUCAGCUUCAUCGGCAAAAAGUAAAAAUAGAAAAUGAGAAAUUUAUGUUUAGUCGUUCUUACUUUGACUAUCUUCAGUGUAGUAGUACACUCCGAAGAAAUGGUUGAAAUCGGUUGCCCACCGGACUACAGCAGUGAGGCUUUUGCUGCAAACUUGCAAAUAUGUGAAUCAUGUAAACAAGCUAUUCUAAAACCUGGAAAAGAGCACUUUUGCAGUGAAAAUUGUUUCACGUCUGUUUACUUCAUAUCGUGCCAGAAACUUCUAAAGGGUGAAUAUGAUGAAAAAGAUGAAUAACAACAAUUGAUAUGUAGUAUUAUUGUACAGAACUAAAUAAAUUUUUCUUUCCAGUCUUGUUGUGACAACUAAUGAUGUACCCAAUAACAAAAUAAAACCUCUUAAGAGAAGACAAAAAGAAAAUGAGUGAUUAAAUUAGUAUUAGUAAAACAAUCAUUAUAAAUUUUUAUAUAGUAAUUAAUUAUAUUUCUGCAGUGUUACUAUAACUUAAUUUACUUUCUACAAAUAGGCUAAUUGUUCAUUUUCUAUAACAAUAUAAUAAGCGUAUACAUAAAUUAUUAUAAAAUAAAUUAUUUUUAUAAAUUUUUUGUUAUUUUAUUGCGAGAAAAUUAUGACAGUUUCUUACAAAAGGUACUAUAAUAUAUAAUAAAAAGAAAUUUUUUUUGACUACUAUUUUAUCAGGUAUGAGUAAUUUUCACCAAAUAAAAAGUGUAUAUUUUUAUACGGAAAUUUUAUCAACGUAUAAGUACUUUCUAUCAGCAUUCCGUAUCUGUUUUUAUAUUAAAAUAAGUCGCUAAUAAAAUCAGUUAUUUUUGCAUUUCUACAAUUAUUUGUGCAUUUCUUAUACUGAUCACAAAUCUUUUUUUAAAAUAAGAAGGAAACAACUAGUUUGUUUCAGUGAAAAAUAAUAUGCUUUGUUUUGUAUUGUCCCUAGGACGGAGCAAAAAUUCAUACUUAUAUUUAUUUAUUGCCAAACACAGCUGCUUAAAUCUUACAUUGUACGAACGAAUAAAGAGGCGGACUAAAAUAACCUUUAUCAUUAUUUCAGAUAAGCUAGAGAGAGAAGAUAACUUUCUUUAUAAAAGCUUUGUGUCAGAUAUUUCUUUUUAUGAUUGGUAUUGUAAAUUUUGCUUCAAAUUUAAUAUUCCAAAGUCUCACCUUUAUAAAAUCUAAAGCAAUUUAAUUUCUUUUCAAUACUUUACUGAUUUCAGUAAAUUCCAUCUAUUAAUAGAAAUAAAAUACUAUAAUAUAUUGAAAGUUAAUCGUCAUUGUGUUUUUAUACAAUCAAAUCUGAUAUUUUAGAGAUUGUGUGUAGGCGUCAUGACACAAUAUAAAAAUAAUAAAUUUCUUCAAAAUACAAGACUUUAAGAUGGCUGGCAUGGAUUUAAAAAUAGUGUGUGAGAAAAUUGAUUCACAAAGAGAAAUUUUGCACAAUAUCAGUGAGACAAUAUGGAUGAAUCCUGAACUUCAAUAUGAAGAGGUUCAAGCUCAUGAUUUUUUGACUGACACUUUACGGAAAUAUGGUUUCAAUGUUACAAAACAUUAUUUGUUACCAACAGCUUUUCGAGCAGAACAUGUAUCGACACAAGAUAAAGGGCCUGUGGUUGCUGUUUUGUUGGAAUACGAUGCUUUGCCAGUUAUUGGACACGGCUGUGGUCAUAACUUAAUAUCUGAAGCUGGUGUUGCUGCAAGUAUAGGUAUUAAAGCAGUUAUGGAGGCUGAUCCUACUAUAGUUGGCAAAUUGGUAGUUCUUGGAACACCGGCCGAAGAGGGAGGUGGAGGAAAAGUCCAGUUGAUCAAGAAGGGAGCUUUCAAAGAUAUUGAUGUAGCAAUGAUGGUGCAUCCUCGGAAAUUCACGAUAUUCGCGCCACCAACUCUUAGCAAGAUAAAUUGUGUUAUAGAUUUUAAAGGAAAAGAAAGUCAUGCUUCAGCAUUUCCUUGGGAAGGCUUAAAUGCAUUGGAUGCAGCAGUUUGCUUCUAUCAAAGCAUCGGAUUACUAAGACAGCAAAUAAAACCAUCUUAUAGACUCCAUGCAAUCAUUACAAAAGGAGGAACUGCACCCAAUAUAAUACCAGCUGAAGCUCAAUUAAAAAUGUACAUCAGAGCUCCAACAAGGAACGAAGUUUACGAACUAAAAGCAAAAGUGGAAAAGUGCAUGCAGGGGGCAGCUACAUCUACUGGUUGCACUUACUCUGCACAAUUUGAUGAAGAAAAUUGCUACGAAAAUCUUAUAACAAAUCCUGUACUGGGAAAACUAUUCGGAAAAUUUUCAGAACAAUUAGGUUUACCGGAAUGUGAUACCAUGAAAGAGAUACCUGCUGGAUCAACAGAUAUGGGUAAUGUUUCACAUGUUGUUCCAUCGAUACAUCCCGUGUAUGACAUAGAAACAAAUGCCGCCAACCAUACAAUAGAGUUCGCCGAUGCUUCCUAUUCCACCAAAGCUCAAGCACCAACACUUAUUGCAGCAAAAUCAAUGGCCAUGACAGCAUUAACUUUAUUUCGACAUCCCGAAGUUUUAGCUCAAGUGCAAGCGGAGUUUCUUGCUCAACGUACUCUGAAAUAGACUUUGUUUCAAUUACACAGAGGAACAGUUUUUUUUUUCUUCAGUCGCGUGAGUUUUUUUAACAGUUCUUAGAUACUUUCGUAUCGCUGAUUUCAAAACUGCAAUCGGUUUUUCUUUCUAAGUUAGAGUUUUUUUUUAAAUGGAAUUUUUAGGCUAUUUUGUUGUCAAAAUGUACAUGUUUAAAAAUGUCACGUAAAUGCUGCGACAAACUUCUCAGGGAAUUAGGGCACAUCAUCAGAAUUAAGUUUGCGUAGGAACCCAUGCCCGGAAGGAGAUGGGUUCCUAUGCAAUUUUGGAGAUUUUCCUCUUGGCUAUAGGUUUUAUUUCUUUUAAAAUUUACUACCUAAACUAAAAGAAAAAUUAAAAAUCACGCUGUUUCUUUUUUAAUUCAAGAAAAUGCCACACUGAAGAGCAGGUCGUUUAAGGCAGCUGGAUUGGAAAACCGUUACCCGAAAAUGUUGUCAUUAGCCGCUAAAGGAGCUUUCUUAAUCAGUUUCUCCACAUGCGUCUAAACAGUUCAUAAUAGGGAAGCAUGUCUUGUGGCGUAGAAUGACUUUUCCGAGGAUGGGUUUCUAUGCAAUUUUAAUCUUGCUGAUACGCCUAACUUUCCUAAAAGUUAGUCGCAAAAUUUAAACAUUCCUCUGCUAUGUAUAAGAUUUUAAAACUUGUACUUUUUGACAAAAAAGAUACAGUAAAAAGGUCCUUUAGAAAAUUCUGUAGCUUUAGGAGCAAAACUAAUUUCAGAUAAAAAAAAUGCUCUCACCCGAAUUGAGAAUUUGCACCCCACUUUAAUCACUAUAAAUAUUUAAGUCUUAAUGACUUAAAAAUUAACAUGAAUAUUGUUCUGAAAAUUGUGCAUUAAAUAUUGUAAAAACAAGAUGUAUUUUAGAUUGUAUGCUAAAAUUUUGUAUUAUAUUUAUUGAUACAUUCUUACAAAGAUUGUGAAAAAUUUAAGAUAAUUUUUAUUAUUCAUAUUUAGAGCACUUUUUAUGGAUAAGUGAGUUUCAGUAUUUAAAAAAUAAAACCUUUUUCUGUGUGAGUUUUCAAUGUAAUAAAACAUAUUAAAAUAU